AUGGACUCCUGGGUCCUCCAUGUUGUUGUAGUGACCUCUGCUGGUCAGAAGAAGAACUGCUCUGAGUUCUGGACGAAGAUGUGGGUCAGGUGGACUUUUAGGAACCAGAGAAGAAGAAACGAGGCGGUGAGGAGGGACACGAGGAAGACUCUGAAGAACAGGGACUCUUCAAGACCACAGUCCUCAGACCAGGACAAGGACCAGGACCAGGAGCAGGACCAGGACCAGGACCAGGACCAUGUCUAG